UUUGGACAAUAACCCUUAAUAUUCUUAAUUAUUAAGUUUGGAAGCCGGACUAAUUGCGUGUUUAAAGUAAACUUGGCUCAAGCUCAUUUGGGAACCAAAUAAAUUAAUGCAGUAUUAAGACUAAAACAGAUUAUGUUAGACUGAAAGUGUAACGAUGAAACGCUGGUCUGUUACACGUUUCAUUUUUGGAAUUAGCUUAUUUAUAUGCCGUGUAUUCUGUGCCACGUGGACUGAAGCGAAAGCAGAAUACGAAAAACUGUACACGGCGUAUUCAAUCGCCAACAGGAACGAUGCAUACAUUAAUACGAUUCCAACGAAUGAUUUUUCACAGCCGCUGGAAGUAACGCUAGAGUUUGAAAUGAAUUCUCUUGGCGGAUAUGAUGCGGUGAACGGUGCAUUGGAUGUGAUUGGAAGUCUUUCAAUGACUUGGAAGGACAACAUUAGUAACCUUGCUAGUGUAACGUUUAAUACUGCACUAGUUACUGAAGUAAUGGUUGACUACAAGAGUUUGUGGACACCUGUUAUCAUUCUGAUAAAUUCAGCAGAUUCAAUUAAACGCAUCGGGGACGAAACGUACAAAGUCCGAAUGAAUCUUGUAUCUGGUCAGGUAAAUUGGAAACCUCGAAUGAUAAUUAAAGCCUCAUGUUCUCCUGAUGUGAGUUAUUUCCCCUUUGAUCAACAGACAUGCGCGUUCACUUUCAUGCCAUCGUAUUUGCCGAGCAGUAAGUUGAAGCUAGCAGUAUCAUCAAGUUCUUGGAAAAUGGACAACUAUGACAGAAAUGGUGUUUGGGACAUAGAAUCCACCGAAUCAAAUACAUAUAUUUCGGGUGACUAUUACUAUGCUAACUUUACUAUUACAUUCAACAGGGAACCAACAUACUUUACAAUAAACUUAGUGUUGCCUAUUUUGUUCCUGUCUUUGCUCAGUGGAUUUGUUUUCUUACUUCCGGCAGCGUCAGGGGAACGUGUGGGAUUUGUGAUAACUUGUUUCCUUGCAUUUAUUGUCCUGUUGCAGACGACAAUGACUUAUCUUCCACAAGCGUCUGCACCAAUGUCCCUCUUGUGUUAUUACGUCAUAGUUAUGAUGAUGUUCUGCGCAUUCCUUACCCUUGUAACUGCACUAUUGCUUAGAGUCUAUCACAAACCUAAAGGUGAAGAAGUUCCAAAAUGGCUAGUACACGUCUUGGAGAUUAUAAAAUGUAUAAAAUGUCGAAGAAUUGUAUGCAAGAAUAAACAAAAUGCAGUUGAAGACAGUUCAAAUGCCGGCAGCAGUCCAGUACUCAAUAUGUCAUCAGAGAAAGGUAGACUAUUAAAAAACGGCAUAGAUAUGCCGUCAAGGACAGUUUUUAAACGACGUCGUCUCUCUUCAGACCGCAAAGGUAUUGAAAGUGGAGAUAUCAAAAAGAAAUUACCUGACCAAAUGAACGGCAAGCCUGAAAAAGACUCAACUUCACCUGACAAAGACAGCUCACCGGAGGCCUUACCAAAAUUAGUCAAUGUCGGAUCCAACACACCACCAAGCAUUACAAACUAUUCAGAGCGCAACAAAAAAACUCUCACGAAUGCAACAGGUAAAACAGCAGCCAAAUCUGGACAAACAAAUGAGGGUGCUACAGUUGCUGUCCCUGGACUUGAAGAGGACUUGGAAUCAAGCGCAAGUUCUCAGAACGACGGUGAAGACAACAUAAGCGAAAUUGAUUGGGACUCAGUGGGCAACCUCUUAGACACAUUCUUUUUGCUUGUAUUCAUUGGAGUGCAGUGUGGAUUUAGUUUAGUGUUUUUGGUGCCACUUGGUACAAGAGCUUGAAGGAAACAUUCUACGUAUGCGUAUAGAUUUUAUUAUUUUUUCAUGAAUAUUAUUCCAUUACAGCCAAUGGAUAACAUUUAACUAUUUAGAAGCUAAUUUAUUUAUUGUUUUUGUUAUGGACACAGGGUCAUUAUUUAGAGGUAUGUGCUCUGGUGGGUGUGUUUAAUGGGCAUAUUGGCAGGCAGUUCUAGUGCCAGAAUGGUCUGAGGGCUUUAACCUGAUGGUCAUUGUGAAACUAGAUGGGUCAAUAUGGUCAGAAUCCAGCCUUUUAAUGGCGUUUUCAGCAUGAUAUGCUAUACUGACGUCAGAUCCGGCUGCUGUGUACCACAAUGAUUACAGCGCGUGAGGCACAUCAUUCCAUUAUCGUUCGUAAAAGCCUUUCCCAAUACAGUUUUUUGUUAUUAUUUAUAUCAAAGUAUUUAUGUAUAUGAUAAUUAUAGGUUCCUAAAGUUGAAACUCUUUGUACAUUUCGAACAGAACUUUACAGUAAAAUAUGGUGUAAACAUAAAUACUAAAUAACAAAAUGAAUCAAAAAACCUUACUGUUAUUUGUUUCUUUUAUUUCUCAGACUUUCAAAACAGUCUAUUACGUGAGGAAUUUUUUUUUAUAACCUCUGUAUUUACAGUUAAGUCUUUUAAACAAGCGUUUGUUAGACCUAUUGUGGUACAGAUAUACAGAGUUCAUGGAUGCAAAUAUAUCUUGCCUCCUUCAAGUUUCUUGCAUUUCUAUUGGUCAAUAGACGUCACGUGGAGACAAGAUAUAUUCCAUAUCCUGCUAGUACAUUUCAGAUAUGAAUUUUGAUUUUAAAAAAAUGACUGCCGCUUUGUUAAUUUACAAAAUAUGAGAUUAUAGCAUGUAAGUAAAGGGUAGUCGGCAAGAUAAAAUCGUUACACAGCUCUCGCCUGAUAUGGAUUUCCUCGACAGAGAAUAUCCCUUAUCCUGUCAUCAACAAGCAGUGUAACUAAUAAUAUUCUUAUCAAGAUAUGAGCCGUGCCAUGAGAAAACCAACAUAGUGGGUAUGCGACCAGCAUGGAUCCAGACCAGCCUGCGCAUCCGCGCAGUCUGGUCAGGCUCCAUGCUGUUCGCUUUUAAAGCCUAUUGGAAUUGGAGAAACUAUUAGCGAACAGCAUGGAUUCUGACCAGACUGCGCGGAUGCGCAGGCUGGUCUGGAUCCAUGCUGGUCGCAUACCCACUAUGUUGGUUUUCCCAUGGCACGGCUCAUAUAGAGUUGACACAAAUGUGAAGAAUUGUAAAUACAGUCUGUAAGAAGAGCCUUUUUAAACACAAACGCAGCCAAGCAAAGGAGUAGACACGGUUUGACUGAGUCUGUUUACAUAAAAAAAAAAACGGUUAUUGUUAAAAUAUUUAAUUUGUUUUUAUCCAAAUAGACCAUGUAACUAGAUUCUAUUAUGACUUUAUAUUUGCAAGAAAAUCUCAUAAUCUAUUUGUAUUAAUGUUGCUAUUCCAUUGUUUGUUAUGAACAUAAAAUAUGUUUAUUUAUAAUAAAAUCCUAUUGUUUUUA